AUGACAGGCUUAAUCCGACCAAACAGCGGGGACUACCUCAAAGAAAUCAUCCCGGUUUUCUUCAUCCACCAUAAAAUGAACCUCAGGCGGCUGCGUCAGGUCGUGCACAAGCUCCCGUCCGAGGAUGAGAGUGUGCGCGAGGCGGUGGGUCCACGGGUGAAGCUGACCCUGAGGCGCAAAGUCCAGCUGGAAGGCAAAGGUGACAAGGUGGAGAACAGAGUGCUGGUAAUGGCUUCGAGACAUGGAGGUCCUGGAGAGGUUCAGGUGCUUCAGGCCCAUGGGCAGUUUGGCAAGUUGGGCACUCAGAGCAGCAACACCUGCAGAAAGGGGGACGGCGGGGCAGAUCCGGCUCAGACAGAUGCCGAUGUGAGCGAUCACCUCGUCCACUUCCUCCACCGAGCCCAGCCGGAGGCUCCACGGGCCGCGCUCAUGCUCCAACACCAGCUGCAGGGGGAACGUCUCUCUUCACAUCCACACAGGAAGAGUAAAGAAAUCCCGUCGUCCUUUAAGCAGUUCUUCAGCAGCGCCCAGGCUCUGAGCUCAGUCAGUCUGUCGGGAACCAGGCUGCCUCUGGAGGCUCUGAAAGCAUUGUUGUUGGGACUCGGCUGCAACCCAAACCUCAGUGACGUGUCUCUGGAUCUCAGUUGCUGUGAGCUGCGUUCAGGAGGCUCCCAGAUCCUGGAGGGUUGCGUGGCUGAGAUUCCCAACAUCUCCAGUCUGGACAUCUCUGACAACGGUCUGGACAUGGAUCUGACCACCCUGCUGGUCUGGCUGGCCAAGAACCGCUCCAUCAGACACCUUUCACUGGGCAAGAACUUCAACAACAUCAAGUCCAAAAAUGUGUCUCAGGUGCUGGACAACCUGGUCCACAUGAUUCAAGAGGAGGAAUCACCGCUGACCUCGCUGUCCCUGGCUGACGCCCGGCUGAAGACGGACCUCUCCAUCGUCCUCAACGCUCUGGGCAGCAACACCUCUCUGACCAAACUGGACAUCAGUGGGAACGCCAUGGGAGACAUGGGGGCCAAGAUGCUGGCCAAAGCCCUGCAGAUCAACACCAAACUCAGGACAAUAGUGUGGGACAGAAACAACGUCAGCCCUCAGGGUCUGCAAGACGUCGCUGCUGCUUUGGAGAAAAAUUACACCAUUCGUUUCAUGCCCAUUCCCAUCAUGGAUGCUGCUCAGGCACUGAAGGCGAGCCCGGAGAAGACAGAGGACGCCUUACUGAAGAUGGAGCAGUACCUGCUGAGGAACCAUGAGACGCGUAAAUACCUCCAGGAGCAGGCGUACAGGCUGCAGCAGGGGAUAGUCACCACCACCACGCAGCAGAUGAUGGACAGGAUGUGUGUGAAGGUGCAGGACCACCUGAACUCUCUGAGGUUCACAGAGACCAACUCCAUCCAGGAGGACAUGAAGGCGGCAGCGAACUUAAUGAAAGACGCCAGGAACUCCAAGAGACUGCUCCCCAACCUGUACCACCUGAAGAGUGGGGGGUCCAGUGGAGCGUACAUGGAAGCCAUUCAGGACAAACUGGAGUCCAUGGCUGGAGAGGUGUCCCAGGUGAUGGACGGACAGCUGCAGACAAUGCUGGUGUCCAUGGUGGAGGCUGCUGAGAGUCUGUGUCCUCAUGUGAUGAAGACGAGCAGCCUUCGUCAGGAGCUGCUGAAGGCCGGAGCCGGGAGGAUGACUGUUCCCCGCAGCUUCAUCACCAGCACGCUGCUGGAGCAGGCCGGGGUCGACAUCGUCAACAAGAUCAGUGAACUGAAGCUGAGCAUGGCGUCUUUUCUGUCUGAUCGCAUCGUGGAUGAGAUCCUGGAGUCUCUGUCUGGAUCACAGCACACUCUGGGCAACCAUCUGAUCAGGAAGAGUCAGCCUCUAUUGCAUCACGAACCCCAAAUGGAGACGGAGGUUCUGGGUGAGAUGGUCCUGCAGCCAGAGAAACACAACCAGGAACAAAAAGACAGCCAUGACGGCGACCGGAAGCAUGGGCUGGAGGAUAUGGACACCUGCAUGAUGACUCCUAAAACAAAGAGGAAGAGUAUAAUGGUACGGAUGCUGCGCCCAGUCUCCGUGGCGUUUGAGAUGGAAUUUGACCUAGACAAGGCUUUGGAGGAGGUUCCCAUCCAUGUUGAGGACCCUCCUCUUCCUCCUUCUCCACAGCCAUUGGAUAGAAUGUCAGCCUACUAUGCAGACCUCCCCGCCCCCCCUACUCCGCUGGAGACAAAGUCAGUCAUUUUGGGCGAGUUGCCGCCUGUGGAGCACAAGAUGCUGGAGCAUCACACCAAACUCCGCCCAAAACCCAUGAAGAGGACAAAACCCAGCCGACCACCUCUCAAGGCCACCGGCAGCUCAGCGCUACAUGAGGCAGAGCAGAACAGCAUCAUGGGGAAGCUGGACGAGGGCCUGGAUGACUUCUUCUCCAAGAAAGUCAUUAAACUCACUUUCAAACUUCCCACUGUGAAAGGUCCGACCUCCAGCACGCAGGAAGCUACAGAUAAGAAACGUGAAUCCAGGAAGAGCGGUUUCUUUAACCUCAUCAAAUCCCGGACGUCCCGCUCCGAGAAGAGCCAUGGAGCCCCCUCCAUCACACCACCCCACCAUGCCUCCUCCAACACUGCUUCACCAGCUCAGUCUUUUACACCAGUAACUGAGGAAAUGUCUCCAACGCUUCCGAGUCCACCCCCGACAAACUCUGGCACUGUGCCGGAGCCCCAUCAGGAGCUCCACAGGGCUCAAUCCUCGGACCACACAGAUUCUGAGAUGGAUGCCUCUCUGACCGCUGCCGAACCUCCUAAGAAGGAGGAGAAGAAAGAGGAGAAAAAAGAGGAGAAGAAGAAUGUGGAGAAUAAGGAGAAUCUGGGGAAGAAGGAGAACCCCCACAUUCACCGCCAUAUCGGGGUCCCUAUGAUGGGCAUGGACCUGCUGGCUGAGAUGAAGGCCAGACAGGGGAGAAUGGCUGGAAAGAAGACUGAGACGCCAUCCUUGCUGGACAAGGCAAGCGAGGAAAAAACCAAGUCCGACGUCCAUCCCGUGGUCCACCCAGUUGUCCAUCCCGUUGUCCACCCCGUUGUCCCAGCAGACACGGAUGAGUCCAGAACAGAGCUGAUUUCCAGAUCAAAACCACCCAGCGUCAACCCCAAACCCCCACCCCAGCCCAACAAACCUCCACUGGGGCGCCGCACCUCUGGGCCCCUCAGUCCUGCCAGUCCAAACAGCCCCAGGGCGAGCAGCACCUACAUCUUCGAGGACUCUGCUGCAGCUCCAGCAGGAAGCGCUUCUGCCAAAGGACCAGUUCCUGCCCCUCGCCUGAAGAGGGCGGCGUCAGACCAGGAGAGGGAGAGCACCAGCAGCAAACCUGCAGGACCCCCGUCUCCACCCGACGGUGAGUCUCCCGUGGACGGCGAUGCAUUCGAGCCCCCGGGUCCAGCUGUGGAUCUGGGUGCCGGUGGGAGACCGUGGUCGUCCCUGGAGAGGUCCACCAGUCCUCCGGCUGCAGCGGAGGACGAGCGGGAGCGAACCAAGUCCCUCCCCGCCUACGUGAGGCCUCCAUCUCCGGUAGACCCUGAUCUCAGUCCAGCUGUGGAGGAGAGUCCAUCUCCGACCGCUGAUCUCAAGUCUGACAGCGAAUCAGAGGACGAGUCUGACGACGCCGGCCCUCCAGUCUGACGCCCGCCAGAUGUCUCCGAAAUCCCCUCGGCUGUCCUCCCCACGCCAGGGACACUUUAAGGACCUCAAUCACGGACACAGUGGACAAUGAUUUUAUCCUAUCCUAUUUUUUUUUUUUUUUUUAACAAUUCCUGGAGAGGCACAUGGAAGCGGAGGGGACUCUGUACAGUGUUUCACACGUGUCAGGGGGUUUUCAGUUCUGUUUUCAGAUCCUGGGUCAGUCCCAGCUGUCCCGCCAACAUGGACGCCAAAACAGCUCCAUUAGCGUCUCUGUCAACAGCUCUGAUGGGACCGUAAAGAGCACGCCAGAUGCUCCGGGACAGAGACAAUCCGUGGUUGCUUAGAUAACAAGGUCCAGCUAUA